AACAUGCCAAUGCCAUAACCCCACACUGGGCACUGAGUACUGCACAAAGCAGUUCUUGUUAACUCUUCUCUCUUUACCCUCAAUCAUCAAAGCACACAAUCUGACGAAUCAAAGUAACAAACGCGGCAAAUUACAUCACUAUUAUUAAUACAGAGUGAUAAAGGAUUGAUAUUUCCAAAUCUUCUAUUUGUGAAUUUAUCGAUAUUUCCCAUUACGAAAGGCUAGACUACUGAUCUUCUGACAUCGUGCUUUCCACUACUACUACUACUCUUUUGCUCACUGCUUUUUGCUCUCAACUUGUUAGAGUAACCCGACCCCAUCAAUCUUUUUCCGCGUUGGGAUCAUCAAUUUACACCACUCGGAUCUGAUACAAUCAGCGUAUGGGCCUGUCUCUCACUCUCUUCAACGUUGUUUGUUCUAUUGUUCUUUUAUCUCUCUCUCUUAUUUUACCUUACCAUAUCCAUAAGCAAUAGUUUCAUUCAAACUAUUUGUACUAUCUCGAUUUUUGGAUGUAGCUUCUGUUAUGCUAUUUCCCUGACCAAUUUCUACUCAUUUUUACAGAUUCUUUAUUAUAGGUGAGAAUGGGGAAAGCUGCUAGAGACUGGGCGCAGAUCUACUCAAUUUAUGGUCUUGACGAUUGGCACACCCCAAUUUUCCUCUUAAUUCAUGCCAUUUUCUUCUCCGUUCUUUCAGUGCUUUUUCUUCUCUACUUCGAACCCAUCUGCUACUUCCUCCAGCAUUUCUUACUUGGUGCUAGCGCCGCUCGUUUCACCGCCGGCUUCACCGGCUCCGUCACUGCUCUCUCCGCCGUCUGCCUUUUCUUCGCCGCCGGCAACAUCUUCUACUCCUCUGUUUCCCUCCACUGGGAAAUGGCACAGCGCAUGGUCAACGCCGUUACUGACUGGUCAACCGUCAAGCAUGCUCUCGACUUAGGCUGCGGCCGCGGCAUCCUCCUCAACGCCGUCGCUUUACAGCUUAAGAAAUCUGGAUCAUCGGGUCGCGUCGUCGGGUUACAUCCGACUCCGACCCGGUCUCUCACCACUCUCCGAACUGCAGGGCUUGAAGGUGUCCAGGAGUACGUCACGUGCCGGGCGGGUGACCCGAGGACGCUUCCGUUCAGCGAUAACUACUUCGACGUGGUAGCGUCGGCGGCCUUCGUGCACACGGUGGGGAAGGAGUUCGGGCAGAAGACGGCGGCAGCGGCGGCGGAGAGGAUGAGAGUUUUGGGGGAGGUGGUAAGGGUGCUGAAGCCUGGGGGUGUAGGGGUGGUGUGGGAUCUGGUGCACGUGCCGGAGUAUGUGAAGAGACUGCAAGAGCUGAAGAUGGAGGAUAUUCGGGUUUCGGAGCGGGUCACGGCCUUUAUGGUGAGUAGCCACGUCGUAUCAUUCAGCAAGCCAAGUCAUCAUUUUGUGGGGUCCAAUGAAGUUAGACUGGAUUGGAGACUCAACAAUCUUUGUUGAAAAUUGAAAUAUAGCAUAUGAAAGUCAAUAUUGGUGAUACCGUAAGUUAUGGGUAGUAUUUUGUACUUUUUAUUUUUCUAGGGGCCUUUAUGGCAAUCUGGGGAAGCGAAGUGGAACCAGAUUCAAUAAAAAUAUCUACUACGAAUAUAUAGCAAGAUUUGAAAAUGGAAUAUACAGAGAGGGUUAUUUUCCCCAUUUUGAUGAGGGAACUUGAAUUCGUUCUUCUAUAGCUCUGAAGAAGUGUUAUAUGGUGAAUAUCUAUUGUAAUUUGUACAUAAUGUUUUAAUAUAUGAUUCUGAUUAAGGGGCUACUAAAAUUUGCUUUUUUUA